AUGCGAAAUGUCACAGUCCUGUGUUUACUCUGUGGAACCUUGACACUUGGGAUCUUGUCAGCUCUGUUAUAUGUACAUCUUCACCAUGAUCAUGUGAGCAACUGGCAGAAGAAAACGCAGGCGCCUGCAUCAAUUUGGAAACUUGAUAAAAAGUUGCAACAGCAAGCUAUCCACAGCGCAGGGCAAAUACCACGCUCAAGGCAAAUACCAGGACAAUAUGUAAGAACUGAAAGACCUAACAAAGAUCAAACUGAAGAAUGGCGUCCAUUUUUAAAAUUAGAUGAGAAUUUUAACUAUUCGGACCCAGAAUUUCUUCAUGGGAUUUUACUAUAUGGACUUAAUACCAUUAUCAGUAAAAGCUUGGGCAAUCAGAGAGAUGUGCCAGAUACCAGAGAUAAAAUGUGUCUUAAAAAACGUUACCCAGCCAGGCUACCUACCGCCAGCAUUGUCAUUUGUUUCCACAAUGAAGAAUUCAAUACCUUGUUUCGGACAGUGUCCAGUGUCAUGACCCUCACUCCACACCAGAUCCUUGAAGAAGUUAUUUUGGUAGAUGACAUGAGCGAAUUUGAUGAUUUGAAAGAAAAACUAGACUAUCCCCUGGAAAUGUUUCGGGGAAAGAUUAAAGUCAUAAGAACCACAAAGAGAGAGGGGCUGAUUCGCGCCAGGCUGAUUGGAGCGGCCCGAGCUUCAGGGGACGUGCUGGUGUUCCUGGACAGCCACUGUGAAGUGAACAGAGUCUGGCUGGAGCCCUUGCUGUCCGCCAUCGCCAAGGACCGCAAAAUGGUGGUGUGUCCCAUGGUGGAUUCCAUUGACCACCUGACACUGAACUACUAUCCCUCUCCUAUUGUAAGAGGAGCUUUCAACUGGCAUCUGCAAUUUGUAUGGGACACUGUUUUCUCUUAUGAGAUGGAUGGACCAGAAGGACCCACCACACCCAUCCGGUCCCCCGCAAUGUCUGGAGGAAUUUUUGCUAUAAGUCGGCAUUAUUUUAAUGAGAUUGGACAGUACGACAAGGAUAUGAACCUCUGGGGAGCAGAAAAUCUGGAACUUUCACUAAGGAUCUGGAUGUGUGGAGGCCAGCUCUUUAUACUGCCCUGCUCUCGAGUAGGACAUGUUGAUAGACAUAUUGUCCAAAAUGUAACCCAAGUUCUCAAAGCCCUGAGAUAUAACAACCUCAGACUAGUACACGUCUGGCUGGAUGAAUACAAGGAGCAGUUUUUCUUACAAAGACCUGAUCUGAAAUCCAUCCGCUAUGGAAACAUUAGUGAGCGUGUUGAAUUAAGGAGACGAUUGGGCUGCAAGUCAUUUCAGUGGUACCUGGAUACUGUCUUCCCAGAACUGGAGCCAUCUCUUGAAAUGAAAGCAAAUAAUUUUCAUUAA